AUGACCAAUUUUGAAUCAACUGUCUAUAUUCUAAAGUCUAAAGAGAUACAAUCUUAGAUUGGGAUAGCAACAUUUCAGGAACAUUAGAAAUUCAGAAGAGUGCUACAGAAAAUCUCAGUUGUGAUGAUUGUGUUGGUGCAAAUUAAGUAGUAGAUUGGGAAUGUUGAAAUAUAUGUAUUGUUCUAUCAUUUGUUGAAUUUAGAAUAAUAAGGAUUAUUAAUAUAUUUAAUAUAAGUUUUUGUUAAAAUGAACGAUAUUGCUCAUACUGGAAAAUCGUAGGCUUCUGCUUAAGAUAUUCAUUCAAAGAUAGAGAGUCAAUUCUUAUAGCGGUAUGCACAUUAUUUGAUUGGGGAUGAAUUUGAUUCCUUUCUAACUUCUUCAUUUGUUCAUAUGCUGCAUAUAUUGGAUUCAAAAAAAGUGAGUUGCGAACAAUUGAUUAAUUACAAGACACAACAAAUCAAUAAUCAAAACACGGAGAGUCAAGUAUUUUUUGCAUUGAGAAAUUUCACUUUUAAUUCAUUUUCUUUGAUGUUUGACCAGAAAUUGGAAUACACUAACGUUUAUUCUAAGGAAGAAUAUUUUCGAUCAAUAAGAACCACACAAGAUUAAGCCAAUCGAAGACAUCAAUUUGUGCAUAAUCCAUCUAAUUCUUUUAAUUAAGAGAAGUAAGAAUAGAAUUAGCACAACUUCUAUGAGUUAUAUUCUAACAAAUUAGCUAAGGAUCAAGGAGACAUACUUUAGGGGGAAAUAGUGAUAUUCGAGACCAGAAUCAAAUAUCCAGCUACCAAGGCCAAACAGCUGUGUUAUGAGAUCAAACAGAAGAUAGACAACCUUUUCAGAUCAACUACUAGGUAACAUCAGAUUAUUAGAUCAGAAUAUAUACCUUAUUUGGAAGAGUACAAAUAUCCCACAAUUGUGUUAAUAAUUUUAUACAAUGGAGACGUGAAUCUUGAUUUCUCUAAACUUCUCCAGAUGAAUCAAAUAACCAUCAAUAGAAAACAAUUUGCCUUGAAAGUUAAGGUGUACUUCAUCAGUAAACUCUCGUUGUUCAGCCAUUUUAGAGAGGUGAACAAUCAAUAGAAGACUGAAUGCAUUACGGAUAAGGUUGUUACAUUCUAUGACAUGAAUAGAGUGAGACAGAGGAGGUAAAAAGUGCUUAAAGAAAUUGAAAUAAUCAAGAAAUAAGCCUUAGUGAAUCAGAACAAAAAGAAAAAAGAGUAGUAUUGGAAGUGGAGCAUUACAACUGGGUUUUGUGUGGUUGCUGCAAUCUACUUAUUGAUUUGUCUAAGUUACUUCCAAAAUAGUUUGAUUGUUUUUAUAUAUAUAUUUCAUAUAUAUAAAUUAGUUAAAAAAAUUAGUAUAUGUAGAGAUUCAUCCAACAUUAGAACCAGCAAGCUUAUUAAAUCCAUUAGAGGAGACUAAGUGACAUCAAAUCAAGGAAGAGUUCCCUUCCAAAAAUGGAUAAGUCAUUAGAUGUUUACAAGCAAAACAGAUAUAUAGCUGCCAGGAAAUAGGAGAUCAAUCGAUGGGAAGGGAUUAUGUAAUAGAACAAAAAACUACUUCAUAAAUUAAAUAAUGUGGAGUCCACUUUCCAAAAAUCUGUAAAAAUAACAAAAAAUAUAUUUGUAUUCAAGGCAAUCAAUUCGGAGUGUAAGUUCUUGUAACUCUAAAAGAUCAAUUGAAAUAAAGGAAAAUAGAAAGAAGGAAAAUGCUAGAAUGCAUAUAAAAUUAUAAUAAAUAACAUCUACUUUUAAUAAGUCCAGUAGCAAAACGAGUCCACGGACAGCAAAAACGCUGCCUAAAUAUCUAAAUAACUAGGAGAAGAGUUUGAACGUUAAGCCGAUUUAGAAUUUCAAAUUAUAAAACUAGGGAUACUAAAGACAAAAGAGUUUGCAACAGCAACCACAAAAUGAGGAAAUAAAAAUCAAGAAUAUCAUUUAACAUUACCAACAAGUUUUGGAUAAAAUACUGCCUCUAAUAAAAUAAGAAAAAUUGAAUAAAUGA